AUGGAGGAGGAGGAGGAGGAGAGUCAGAGAGAUGGGAAUGAGAAGGUGAGGUCGUUGAUCGAGAUUGCAACGAACUCAACGGCUCCAGAUGUCGAUCUUCGAAUUCUCAAAUCCAUCAAAUUGGUCGUUCGUUCCUCCGACUCUGAACUUCGACUCGCCGUCGAAACCCUAAUGGAAAAGAUGAAGAAAAAUCACUCCCAGGUAAGGUACCUUGCACUUCUCAUAAUCGAUGAGUUGUUCAUGCGGUCAAAGCUAUUUAGAUCCCUAUUUGUCGUGAACUUUGAUCAGUUUUUGAGUUUGAGUGUUGGUUUCGGAAGGAACUAUCAACUCCCUGAACCUAAUGGUAUUGCAGUGAAGCUUCGUUCGAAAGCAAUGGAGUUUUUAGAGAAAUGGAAUGAUUCAUUUAGCAUACAUUACAGACAGGUGAGGUUAGGAUUUGACUACUUGAAGAAUACCCUUCGGUUUCAGUUUCCAAAUAUUCAGCAAAAUGCAUCUCGGAUACAACAAGAGAGAAGAGAGAGAGAGAUGAGGUCAAAAGAAAUUUUACAAAACAAGUUUGCCUCUCUUAGGGAAACCAUUGCUUCAUAUAAGGGUGAAAUUCUGUUAACAGUUGAUGAAAUAGAGGAAUGUUUGCAGAUUCUUAAUUCCAAAAAUGAAUUAAUGACAUUGGAUGCCUUGGAGGAGGAUGAAGUUGAAGAAUUCCGGUGCUCUGCUUUACAACAGAUUCGUCUUGCUUCAUUAAAAGAAGGGCACAAGGUCCAUGAGAACAACGACAAUCAAGCUGUUUUUGAUGUACUGAGGGAACUGUACAAGCUCCUAGUGACAAAACAUCUGGUCUCAUUGCAAGAAUGGAUGGUUGUUCUUGUGAGGGUUGAAACAGAAGAUGUCAGAUUUAGAGAUUCCACAUUGAAAGAUCUCAUUGAUAUUCGAAAUCGUCUGCUAUCAGUGAAGAAGAGAUGUGAAGAAUCUGGUUGUGCUCUUCCCAACCCUAUCAAUCGUGAAGAAGAGGAUUUGUGGGAGGAGGGUAAAAUAGAAGUUUUUGAUGGUGGGAAUUGUGGGGAACCUAGCAAGCCAUGUGAAGAUAUUGGCAGUACGUCAACUCUGAAGGAAAAGAAGAAUGCUGCCCGCAAUACAGAUCCAAGCGGCAGUAAGACCGUGGAUCACGCAGUAGACGGUUCUGAUAUAACCUCUCUUAAGGGAAAGCUUUUGGCCGAAGCUCCUGUUAUGACUUGGGGAUCUUUCCUGGAUAGUUGGGGUUCAAACCGCGAUGUUUUGGCUAACCAGAGAGGACUGGAGCUUGAGAGUCACUGGGGCCGGGUAGACUAUGAUGCAGUUAUUCCAGCAGAGAAAAUUGCUGAAUUGAAUGUUCAGACUACAUUAUACAAGGAAAACAAUGUUGAAAUCCUACCGUGCCAUGCUCCUUUGAGUAAGGGAGGACUUUGUCAGAGAAGAGAUUUGAAAGUUUGCCCGUUUCAUGGGCCCAUCAUACCACGAGAUUCUAAAGGAAAUCCAAUCAUUGAAAAUUCAUCCACGGAUGACAAAACUCUUGAUUUGGGGUCUAAAAUAGUCGAGCAAUUGGCCAAACAGGCAGUGAAGAAUGUGCGAGAUAGAGAUGGAGAUGAAGCAAAACAAAAGGCAAAUGAUAAAAAGUCACUGAAGCGUGCAAAACUUGCAAAAGUUCGUGAGCACAAUGAAGCAGUCUUGCGUCAAUCUGCACUUACAUCAACCUCACGGUCUGCUAAAUUUGGAGACGCUUUAGAAUCAGUGGGUGUGAACAAAACCGUGGCCAGAGAGAAGAAACAAACACUUGCAUCAAUGCUGCGUAAGAAAAUUACCCCAAAAGAUAGAUUAGCGAAGAGGCUUUUGAAUUCUCGUGCAACAGAUGCAACAGUAAGACAGCUGACAUUCGGGGAGGAUGCAAAAUAUCGGGAAGCUUUUCCAAAUCAAUGGUAGAUUGAUGCGUUAUUUUUGCUCUUAAAUUUGUGGGUUCUCUAACUUGGAGGGUGAUUCCAUGCUCAGUGAUUUGUCUGAGGUGAGUACUGG